UUGCGUGACAAAUGGUAUUUUCAAUUAUUAAAUCGUCGGUCAUACUAUACGCAUCCCUUAUAAAUUGAAAUAAGUUGAAGUUACAUAAAUAGGACCAAAAUGUUGCGUUCGGCGAUCAUGUCAUCGACCCUGGCCCGGGGAUUUCAAAAGGCAAUCCAGAAUUCGAAUACGAUAUCGGUUGUGCCAGCACUGAAUAUGGUUUUGGUACGCAAACAACAAACUCUUCCGGUCGCCGAAGUGGCGCAGAAUUUGCCAAAGAAAGGAUACUCCCCGUUUGGAACGAAACAAUCCUCCGUGGCCGAAUGGUCAUUGGCCAGACUGGAUGAUCUGCUCAACUGGGGUCGCAAAGGCUCGAUUUGGCCCCUAACUUUCGGUCUGGCUUGCUGUGCCGUCGAAAUGAUGCACAUCGCUGCUCCGCGAUACGAUAUGGAUCGCUACGGUGUCGUUUUCCGUGCAUCUCCGCGUCAGGCCGAUGUCAUCAUCGUCGCGGGCACUCUGACCAACAAAAUGGCACCGGCACUGCGAAAGGUGUACGACCAAAUGCCCGAGCCACGUUGGGUUAUUUCGAUGGGCAGCUGCGCCAACGGUGGUGGCUACUAUCAUUAUUCGUACUCGGUGGUCCGCGGUUGCGACCGGAUAAUCCCCGUCGACAUUUACGUGCCUGGUUGCCCACCAACGGCUGAGGCUUUAAUGUACGGCGUUCUGCAGCUGCAGAAGAAGGUUAAACGCAUGAAGACUCUUCAGAUGUGGUAUAGGAAAUAAAGAACGUGUAGAAAAAAUUUAGAAUGUGCAACAUCAAACGAUAUACAUUUUAUGAACAGAAAUUAUAUUAAAUAUUGUUCUGUUAACGUUCUGUUGUUGUGUAUAUUGUUUGUGGAUCACAAGGAUUAUAACAAAUAAAUGCCUUUCGAUGUAAAUACGAA